GCGGGUCCAGCGCUAGCCCACGUCGGCCCCAGAGGCGGAGAGCGCACGGGAGGGUGCUCGAGGCGGCGUGGCGGCCAUUCGGCGCAGACACCCAGGUGGAAAUGAGUUCUCAACAGUUUCCUCGUUUAGGAACCCCUUCCACUGGGUUGAGCCAAGCUCCUUCACAGAUUUCAAACAGUGGUUCUUCAGGAUUGAUAAACCAAUCUGCUACAGUCAAUGAUGAGUCUGGUCGAGAUGCUGAAGUCACUGCCAGGGAGCACCUGGGCUCCAGCAGCUCCCUUCAGUCCCGUGAAGAGAAGCAAGAACCUGUUGUGGUCAGGCCCUACCCACAGGUCCAGAUGUUGUCCACACACCAUGCUGUUGCAUCGGGCACACCUGUCUCGGUGACGACCCCACCAGCCCAUCUGACGCCAGCAGUGCCACUCUCGUUUUCAGAGGGGCUUAUGAAGCCACCCCCGAAGCCCACCAUGCCUAGCCGACCUAUUGCUCCUGCUCCGCCUUCUACCAUGUCACUCCCCCCCAAGGUUCCAGGGCAGGUUACUGUUACUAUGGAGAGUGGCAUCCCUCAAGCUUCCGCCAUUCCUGUGGCAACCAUCAGUGGACAACAGGGACAUCCAAGUAACCUGCAUCAUAUCAUGACCACAAAUGUGCAGAUGUCUAUCAUCCGUAGCAAUGCCCCUGGCCCACCUCUUCAUAUAGGAGCAUCUCAUUUACCUCGAGGUGCAGCUGCUGCUGCGGUGAUGUCCAGUUCUAAAGUAACCACAGUCUUGAGGCCGACUUCCCAGUUGCCAAAUGCUGCCACAGCACAGCCAGCAGUGCAGCACAUCAUUCACCAACCGAUCCAGUCUCGCCAACCUGUGACCACCUCUAAUACCAUCCCUCCUGCUGUGGUAGCAACUGUCUCAGCCACCAGAGCGCAGUCUCCAGUCAUUACUACAACAGCAGCACAUACUACUGAUUCAGCUCUUAGUCGGCAAACUUUGUCUAUCCAGCAUCCACCAUCUGCACCUGUUAGUAUUCAGCGUCCUGCCCAGUCACGAGAUGUAACUACAAGAAUCACACUACCGUCUCACCCAGCGUUAGGGACGCCAAAACAGCAGCUUCACACUAUGACUCAGAAAACGAUCUUCAGUACUGGUACACCAGUAGCUGCAGCGACAGUAGCACCUAUUUUAGCAACCAACACCAUUCCCUCGGCAACCACAGCUGGAUCUGUGUCACAUACACAAGCUCCCACGAGUUCAAUCGUUACCAUGACAAUGCCCUCACAUUCAUCUCAUGCUACUGCUGUGACCACCUCAAACAUCCCUGUUGCUAAAGUCGUGCCCCAGCAGAUCACACACACUUCUCCCCGGAUCCAGCCUGAUUACCCCACAGAGAGGAAUAGCUUGAUUCCCAUUUCAGGACAUCGAGCAUCUCCAAAUCCCGUGGCCAUGGAAACCCGAAGUGACAACAGACCAUCUGUUCCUGUGCAGUUCCAAUACUUUUUGCCAACUUACCCGCCAUCUGCAUACCCGCUGGCUGCGCACACAUACACUCCCAUCACCAGUUCAGUGUCCACCAUUCGACAGUAUCCAGUUUCAGCUCAGGCCCCAAACUCUGCCAUCACAGCUCAGACUGGUGUUGGGGUGGCAUCUACAGUACACCUAAACCCCAUGCAGCUGAUGACAGUGGAUGCAUCUCAUGCGCGACAUAUCCAAGGGAUUCAACCAGCACCCAUCAGUACACAAGGGAUACAGCCAGCCCCCAUUGGAACACAAGGAAUACAACCAACCCCAAUUGGAACACAGGGUAUUCACUCAACAACCCCAAUCAGCACACAAGGACUACAGCCGGCUCCACUGAAUACCCAGCAGCCACCGCCUGAGGGAAAGACUUCAGCAGUGGUAUUGGCAGAUGGAGCCACAAUUGUAGCCAACCCCAUUAGCAAUGCAUUCAGUGCUGCUCCAGCAGCCACCACCGUGGUGCAGACCCAUAGCCAGAGUGCCAGCACCAAUGCUCCAGCCCAGGGCUCAUCACCCCGGCCAAGUAUACUUCGGAAGAAACCUGCCACAGAUGGAAUGGCAGUACGGAAAACACUCAUUCCUCCUCAGCCUCCUGAAGUGGCUAAUCCAAGAGUGGAGAGCUCUAUGCGGAGCACAUCUGGGUCACCUAGGCCUGCAGGUGCCAAACCUAAGUCAGAAAUCCACGUGUCUAUGACCACUCCAGUCUCUGUGUCCAUGGAGACAGUGUCUAAUCAAAAUAAUGACCAGCCCACCAUUGCUGUCCCUCCCACUGUGCAGCAGCCUGCACCAACCAUUCCAACCUUGAUUGCAGCAGCUAGUCCCCCAUCACAACCAUCCGUUGCCCUUUCAACCAUUCCUGGAGCAGUUCCCAUUACUCCUCCCAUCACUACCAUUGCAACUGCCCCCCCACCAUCAGCAGCUGUGGGCAGCAGUCUCUCCUCUGUGUUGGGCACUCCUGUACCUGAGAUAAAAAUUAAAGAAGAAGUGGAACCAAUGGACAUCAUGAGACCAGUUUCUGCAGUUCCUCCACUGGCUGCCAGUACUAUGUCUCCAUCUCUUGCAUUGCUGGCUAACAACCUGUCAAUGGCAACAAGUGACCUCCCACCCGGUGCCUCCCCAAGGAAAAAACCUCGGAAGCAACAGCAUGUAAUUUCAACAGAAGAAGGUGACAUGAUGGAGACAAACAGCACGGAUGAUGAGAAAUCGACUGCCAAAAGUCUUUUGGUGAAGGCCGAGAAACGCAAGUCUCCUCCCAAAGAGUAUAUUGAUGAGGAAGGUGUGAGGUAUGUCCCAGUGCGUCCAAGACCUCCCAUUACUUUGCUUCGUCAUUAUCGAAACCCUUGGAAAGCUGCCUACCACCACUUUCAGCGGUAUAGUGAUGUCCGGGUCAAAGAGGAGAAAAAGGCUAUGCUACAGGAAAUAGCUAAUCAAAAAGGAGUCUCCUGUCGUGCUCAAGGCUGGAAAGUCCACCUCUGCGCUGCCCAGUUACUACAGCUGACAAAUCUAGAGCACGAUGUUUAUGAAAGACUCACCAACCUACAGGAAGGGAUUAUCCCAAAGAAAAAAGCCGCAACUGAUGAUGAUCUGCACCGAAUAAAUGAGCUAAUCCAGGGAAAUAUGCAGAGGUGUAAAUUGGUGAUGGAUCAAAUCAGUGAGGCCAGAGACUCCAUGCUUAAAGUAUUAGAUCAUAAAGACCGGGUCCUGAAACUGCUCAACAAGAACGGGACUGUUAAGAAAGUGUCAAAAUUGAAGCGGAAGGAAAAAGUCUAGACCCAGGAGAAUCAGGACUUUGGAAACAAUUUAUGAAGAAUGAUGCUGGGGAGGGCGGACUGGUGAUUUUCACAGUGGACCUGGAAAUAAAGGAAGCCUUCCUUAAUUCACCUGUGAAAGCCAAGGGACCUGUGGCACCCAGUGGCAGAAAGAAUCCAAGACAGCCUGACAACACCUUGAAAACUGCCCCCCUCUUGUUUUCAGAUGUUUCCCUUUGUGUAUUCAAUCAUUACUGGCUCCUCGUGUUUCAGUGUCUGGUGGAAUAAGUGACACAAAUGGCUUGCUUAAAUUUUCAGCCUCUGAUUUAUAAACUAUAUUUAUCUGGUGGAUUCCUGCAGGACUCAUUAAACGUAGACAAAGUAUCCACUCGGACCAUCUGGUAUCUCUCUACACUGAAAAUAAAACCUCUUCCCCUCACCCUGGUCGAUUCUUAUUCUGUUUUACCUUCCAAUACCCAAGCUGGCCUUUCACACCAGUGCCGCAGCACCGAAAGAACUGCCACAUCUCACAUUCUAGAAGGUUUGAAAUAUUCAUGUCAUUUUUUUUAAAGAACCAUUUCUGAGUGGAAUUGUUAAAUUGUCCUGUCUGUGUCAGAGCUGGGUGUUGACAAAAUAGGCACCACUAUAAGGUACUCAGACAUCCUGGUUCUGAAGCACCCUCUUAAAUAUCUACCCUUCCUUAGCUGGUGUGAUGCUGUCAGUUGUAUGUACCACACAUCUCCAAAUUCAAUAAAGGACUCAAAGAGGUUUUUAUA